AUGUCGCUAGUUCACGACAUUGGCGAAGCGAUCGCCGGCGACAUCACUCCCCACUGCGGCGUCUCCGAUCAAACCAAAUUCGAUCUCGAAUCAGCGGCCAUCGCUCAAAUCGCCACCUAUGUUCCCGAUGCGGUUGGGCAGGAUUGGAGCGAACUGUGGAGAGAGUACGAGGCGGCGGAGACGCAGACAGCGCAAAUCGUCAAACAUUUGGAUAAAUUCGAUAUGAUUGUGCAGGCGGAUAAAUAUGAGCAGAAGUAUGGUACUGAUUUGACGCAAUUCUUUACGAGCACUGUUGGCAAGUUGACGAUGGAACCGUUUGCCACGUGGGAUCGUGAAAUUAGGCGAACUCGAGAGCAAAGGCUGAACAUUUGA